AUGAAACGGUUUGCACGCUCUCUGCAUGAGCUUUCCAACUCUCAAUUCGGCGACAAUGCCACCAUUCUCCAGGGCGAUGUCUUCCACCACGACAGCUCAGAUCUACCCAAACCACCUCGAUCCGUCGUCCGCAUUAUUCCUUAUCCCCGUAAUAGGCAUCUGGUCCAUCGCCCUGAUCUCAUGAAUAAGCUCGACACACUCCUACUGCAGACAUCACAUUCCUACAACUCAGCCGCUCUCUGGGGUCCAGAGGGGUCAGGCGAAGACUUACUUACGACUGUUCGUGAAGAAAUCGCAGCACAACCAGAUUGGAUGCUUAUUAUCGAUGGUGCCGAUAAUUUAGGACUCUAUGGUGUUGGAGAAGCAUCGAAGCAGAACUUAUCUCAAUAUAUCCCUCAAACAUCUACAGGGACAGUGCUAUGGACCUCUCGCGAUGCUCACAUUGCGGGGACGCUUGUAGAUGUAACACGAGCCAUCAAGGUUCCUCAGAUAUCUUGGGAUGAGGAGAAAGAGUUCUUAAAGAGAAUCUGGGGUAUGAAAACAAAUGAAGGAGAAGAAGAAAAAGAAGGAGAAGGAGAAGAAGAGGAAGUCGAGACUGCUGCCUUAUUAAAGGAGCUUCACGGCCUUCCAUUAGCUAUUACGCAAGUCGGAGAAUAUAUGAAGCGGACGCCAACACCACCCAGUGAGUAUUUGUCUUUGUUGGCGCAAGAUAAAGAAAGAUGGGAUACGUUAAACAAGUCCGACAAGAAUUGGAGACCCGAUGUACCAGGGUGGAGGCUGUCAAUCUCCAAGGGAAAAGACUCAAAGGAAAAGGGCUCAAAGGAAAAAGACCCGACGGAAAAUCAGACCAGCUAUAAAAGCCCUAUAAGAAGAUGGGUUGGUCUUUCGCAGAAUUUGAUAUCAAAUAACAUAGAACAGGACCGUCCAGAGGUACCUGUAGAUCCGCCUAAAAUGGCAGAAGAGAGUCGCGAAGUGAAACCUCUCCGCCGUGUUCACCAGGCAUCUUUAAUAUCCGGAUACGUUCCGGCCGAACGUGGACCAGCAUCCAGCCGAGUGUCUUCAGUCUUUGGUCACCAAGAUGGCGAUCAUAAUAUCGCAUCGCUAAAAGAAAGUGAAGAAAUACAUUCCGAUGGAGAUACUAGGUCUGUUUUGUCCGAAGGUGAUGAUAUUCGAUUGCAAACCUCCGAUGCCACUGCCACUGAAGCAAUGGCCGGCAAAGUACUCAUCAGAGCAUUUCUAGCCGAUCAUGCACAGUUCGAAGAAUUCUGUAAGAAGGCUUUGGUCAACAUGAAUCGACGGCUCUUCGUUGAGAAUAUGAGCCUGCUACUCAGUUCAUUUCACAUGCAGCUGGCGGAGGAGGCUAAUUCUGAAGCUGAAAAGGCUGUCGCUGGGUUGCUACGAAGUAAGAGAAGCAGACGAGGAAUUAGCGAGCAGCUUGCAACACAUAUUGAUAUGGAGCAUGAAGAGGUUCGAUAUUUCGGCAAAAGAGACCUGGGGAUUCCGCCAUCGGAAAUGCAAGAUGUCGAGAAUUGGAUCUCUCAGGCAAUAAAGCCCUCGGCAGGUGAUGACUUGGAACUGGCAAUCGACCAAAACCAAGACAACGAUUUGAAAGGCAGCGACGAGCCACGCAACUUUCCCUACAUUCCUGAGCUGAAAAAAUUCCUUUCAGAAUCUAAGGCAUUUCGAAGUCUUCAAAUACAACUCGCUUUGAUAUGUUUAUCCGCUGAUUUAGGAUACAUGCUUCAAUCAAUAUCAAAGGCGAACAUCUGGCUAUCUCAAGAACAGGAUGCCUCAAUCUCAAAUAGAUUCAAAGCUUCAGUGGAGAGUGCUACUAAGGUGAGAUGGAAUUGGUGGCCAUUGAGCCCACGGAAGCGAAUGCUUACCCCCGGAGAGUCGCGACUAUUCUGGCAAUGUACAUGUGGCACAGAACAAUGGGAUGAAAUAUCACCUGAACAACGCGAGCUUGUGGAAAGAAUACUCGAGUUGUUAGAUGAUACACCGCCACUGCCAUCUCGAUGCGGUGUGAGAGGGGCAAAAGCAACUCUGUUAUCUUCUGUUAAAGGCAUUCUACGAUACACAGGUGAAAAAAUUGCCCUGCCGUCGCGAGCAGCUACCAGAUACACUCCCCAAGGUGACAGCUCUUCUACGCCGCCUGAGAACCAACAAUACAGACUCAGAAGGGCGGUCACCCUUCCUCAGCCACAAGGCAUGACAAUUAGCCAACAGAUCCAAGAGAAAACUCCAGAAUCUGCUAGUAAUCAACAAUGGUGGAUAUUAUUUGGCGUCAAAGGAGCCCGGCGAACGCUGGAGCCGACCCAAAUACACGUUACCAGCCGAACAACAGAUGGCGAUAUAUUUCAGGAGUUAAAGAGAAGCUAUAAGAUCUAUCGUGGUAGACUAAGACUAUGGUUCUCAGUCUGGCGCUUGGAAUACUGUGACGUGGUAAAGUUCAGCAGACUUGCCCCUGACCGAAUAGUUCGAGAGCACAGAGAUCUUCCGUCCGACAAAGAUUAUCACUAUGAUCCUCGAGCCGGCGAACGGGAUGCCAGAAACCCUCCUAUCUCACCACAUCAUUUCCAGACUCUAUUCUAUGCCUGUUGUUCUCCAUGCACUUGGCCCUUUCCUCAUGACUGCAUACCUGUUCUCACGAACACGUAUAAUUUAGCUCGAAUUCCGAAACGAACAAGAGAAUUCGAGAGCGACCCAAAUUCGCCUAUAUGGGGAUUUGAAACCGUCUUUGCGGUUUCAUUUGGCUAUGUCCUUGCCUAUCACUGUCUGAUGGUCGCGGGGCCAUUCAUCUUUUGGGGGUUGUGGCUCAAAUUCCACCCCGAUGACCUCCAGAAUGCUUCUGUCCCUAUAACGGUCGUUAUAGGUGCUCUGUCGUUGUUUUGGAGUGGCGCUGGAAUAUUGACAAGCAGAGAGAGGGAAUGA